CCAGAAUCCUCCACGGCUUUUACGCGCGAAAACUAUAAAAAAAAAUCCCUCUUUAGGACGCCAUCAUUGCUAACGUUGGACAUUUUCUAUUUCUCAUCGGUUUCAAUCCGGUUUAUUUUAUUUAAUUCUGUUGUUAAUAGCUAAAACCAGUCAAACGAAACAACCAACCAUGUGUGACAAAAUGCCAACAUUUAAGCUGGUGUUAGUGGGUGAUGGCGGCGUGGGUAAAACCACUUUUGUCAAGCGUCAUUUAACUGGCGAAUUUGAGAAAAAAUAUGUUGCAACAUUGGGUGUAGAAGUGCAUCCACUUGUGUUUUACACAGCCAGAGGACCCAUCAGGUUCAACGUUUGGGAUACGGCAGGACAAGAAAAAUUUGGUGGGCUCAGAGAUGGUUAUUAUAUUCAAGGACAGUGUGCUAUUAUCAUGUUUGAUGUUACAUCAAGAGUUACAUACAAAAAUGUUCCCAAUUGGCAUCGAGAUUUAGUGAGAGUAUGUGAAAAUACACCAAUUGUGCUGUGUGGAAAUAAGGUUGAUGUAAAAGACCGAAAGGUAAAAGCCAAAGCAAUCACUUUCCACAGAAAAAAGAAUUUACAGUACUAUGAUAUCAGUGCAAAGAGUAAUUAUAAUUUUGAGAAACCAUUCCUUUGGUUGGCAAGGAAGUUAAUUGGAGAUGCUAACCUUGAAUUUGUUGAAAUGCCUGCUCUUCAACCACCAGAGGUAGAAAUGAGUCAAUCACUUGCACAACAAUAUGAGAAGGAACUUGAGGUGGCUCAAGAAAUUGCUCUUCCUGAUGAGGAUGAAGAUCUUUGAAGAUAAUCUGAUCCUGCUAAUCACUUAACAAUUAACUAAUUAUCACAGUGCAUUGUUAACCUUCUAAAAGAUGGGAAAGUCUGUUUAAAUACAGUGAUGUCCUCUUUCUACUAUCUGUUAUGGCCUGCAGAGCUGCGCUCCCCUUUCUUUUAAGCUGAGAAGAUGGUUUAGGCCUGUUUGCUUCACUAGAAAACCACACAAAAAAUGAACUUCUUUCAAAUUUUUUUUUUUUUUUAAUUUUAAUGGGAGGGGCUGGAGAAAAGAGGUGGGGUAUUACAGACACCAAGUGGUAAAAAAUAACAAAAACCCCUUUAAUAUAAAAAGACAAUUUCACACCAUCAAAUCAUUACAUUCGAAUGCUGAGUUCAUGUUAAUUACAGUAGGUGGUUUUUUUUUUUUUUAAUGUAUUCUUUGAUUAGUUAUGGGCCGAAAUAUUGUCUCUUGCGAUUUGUUACUGUAUGCAAGUGUGAAUGCGGGCAUUGUAAUGUAUUUCCUCCCCUUUUGUACAAAGGUCUUCAAUAAAAUUUUGCAUUUUACUCUUAAA